AUGUCCAUCUGCAUGCCAGCGAGGGAGGGGCAGCAGGCAGACCUCGAGACGAUUGGGCAGAAACUGGCCCAGAACGCGUCUUGGGACCCGGACUCGGAAGAUACGAACUCCCAGAAGUUCGUAUCCGGGUCGCCCUCCGGACCUGGGCCCCGCGCCCGCGCGGGGGCCGCUGGCGCCCUCGCGCCGCUGCCCGCGGGCCUCGGGCACGAUUUCGAGGCCGCCGACGAGCUCCGGAGGCAGCUGGCCCAGCUCGGCGUGGAGCUCUUCGAGCAGGAGGUGCCGAGGCUGUGGCGGACUGCGAACGGGAUGCUGGGCGUGAUCUUCCCUGGGCAGGAGGCCUGCACUUGCCCCGGCCUGGGGGCGCUGGCCCUGCAGCGCUCCCGGGGGCACGUCCUCGAGUCGAGCCUGGCCGCCUGGCACCCGCAGGGGCGCUGCCCCGCGACGGAGUCGCUGCUGUUCCCGGGCCUGACCGUGGCGAGCCCGCGGCGCUCGGGCGGCGGCCGCGCCGGCGGCGGCGGGAAGGCGGCGCCCAGGUGCAGUGCCGUGGGCGGCAGACAGGGCGACACAGGCCGUCUCAUGGGCUCCAGGCCUUUUCAGAUUCGCCUCGCGAUCCAGCCAGCAACGCACAGGCGCGGCUGUUCCUUCGCCAGGCUGCACAGGCUGAACCCAGUAGAGCGCCAUCUGCUCGCGGAGUCGCAGCGCGGCUUCCGCGCACCGGCGCCGGCCGAUGCAAGGCAGUCACCUCUGCCCGCCGCCUGCCGUCCGUGUGGCCCGGAUAUCAUGGCGGGCUUGCUGGGGCCAGCGCUGGAGCCCUUCAUCACCGACGCCGGCGACGAGGUGCUGACCAAGAGGCGCGGCGCCAAGGAGGACGCGGACCGUGCUCCGAGGGAGAGCCUCGAUUGCCCUGCGGACCUCUCCGGGGACGGGAAGGCAGAUCACCCGCAUGGGCGCGAACAUGGCAGUGAUUCGCCCUUCGCGGUCUGGCCAGAGAAGCUGGACGCGAGUGAGGGGGAGGCGGAGGAGUCAUUGGAGUUGGAGAAGGCUGCCCACACCCCGUGGCGAGAGGUGCCAUAUAAGCUCUACGAUGAGGCGGAGGCCAUUCGAGUGAAGUCGCCACCGCCGAGUGCACGCCAGCAAGCUCAGGAGCCGGGCGUGGCCUCGCUGCUGCAGCGCGCCCUCACGGACGCGGGUGCGGAGGCGGAGAAGCACAUCAAGACACCGUACGCGAUAGAUUCGCUCCUCUUCCCAGGCCUGUACAUCGACGAGAGCCUGAAGCGGAAGAAGAGCCACAAUCAGAGCCGAGGUGCGGACCGCAAGGCCAGCCAGUACUGCAGCUGCGACACGCCCACCACCGCCCCGGCCAGCAGCGCCACGGGGUGCGACGCCGCCCUGGCCCUCCACGGCGGAUCCGCAGGCGGGGCGCAGCCGGUGCUCUGAGGCUCCGGCCAUGGGCGGGUUUUGGCCGCCGCUGGCGAUCGGACGUGCGACCGUUGGCCGUCGUCGGCGCGGCUCUGCCUUCUCUCCCAAAGGUGGAGGGGGCACGCCCCCCUCACCUCCGCCAACAACUGCCCACCACUCACCAGGAGAGAGCUUCGCAUCACGUGGCGCAUUCCCUGAGCCCGAUUGCUGGAGGGGCGGCCUCGCCAGCUGCCCCCCCGCUGGCCCUGCCAGCCUGGCCCCUGCUUGGGGGGCUGGGCAGAGGGGCGCGCCCUCGCGGGCUGGAGGAGGGG